AAACUUGAAAGUUUUAUGAGUCUCGCAACGCAAAGCAACGCAACACUUGGCUCAGCACCUUCGUCCCUUGGGUCGCCUAGUUACCCUUCUUCUUCAUCACCCCCUAUCCCCCACUUCAGGUGCUCUUAUACACACCCAUAUUUUAUACAUAAAGUUUUACACUCUCUCUCUAUCUCUUCCCAAUCUUGCUCAUGCAAAGAAUCUUCAUUCCACCCUUCACUUCACCCCACCGAUCUUAUCUAACAUAAUUCAAACAACAAACACAAUUCCAAUUUCCAGGGUUGCAAGAUUUCCAGGAUCUGUUGCCCCUACCUCCGUAAACUCCCAGAUUCCUGUCAUUUCCAAUUCGGAGGCGGGACCGAAUGCAAGUUUAUUUGAUUUGAAAGGGAUAAAACACACGAAGCUCUACGAAAUUGAUUGAUGUGAAGAGGGUUCGCUUUUUUUGUUUUUUAUUGUUGGUUUACUAGGGUUAAGUGAUCGUCUCGGGUUUUCAAUUUGAGAUCUGGAUGAUAGAUUCUGAAUUCAGAGGCUGAUAAAGAAAUUGAUUUGCAAAAGAUGGACAUGGAUUAUAAUGGGGAUGCGGGUUUUCUUGACCCCGAAUUGUUACAGCUGAAUGAAGUGUCUCCUUUGGCUCUUAAGUCAAAUCCUUAUGUUGCCGAGAAGCUGUUCGAGCAAUGGCUUUCCCUUCCGGAAACAACUCUUUUGGUGAAAUCAUUGUUUAACAAUGCUAAAGCAGGUGUUCCAUUGAAUGUUAGUGGAUCAGUUUCAAGCCCAAAAGCUUCUUCCAUGAACUCAAUACCUUCCAUGUUUCCUGCUGGAAGUGCACCUCCACUUUCACCAAGAAGUUCAUCUGGUUCUCCUCGGAUCACAAAACAGAGGGCAGGUCCUUCUGUUUUAGGGUCUCCUUUAAAAGUACUGAGUGAGCCAGUUAAAGAGUUGAUUCCUCAGUUUUACUUUCAGAAUGGUCCUCCUCCUAAUGAACUUAAAGAAAGAUGCUUGCUUAGAAGCAACCAGUUUUUCUAUGGUCAUUCAGAUGGAUUACAACUGAAUGAAUUCAAACUGCUUACUAAGGAAAUUUGCAAACUGCCUUCCUUCUUCUCCACUGCCCUUUUUAAAAAGAUUGAUGUUGAUGGCACUGGUGUUGUCACAAGGGAUGCGUUUGUUGAUUAUUGGGUGAAUGGCAACAUGUUGAUAAAAGAUGUUGCAACCCAAAUAUAUACAAUAUUGAAGCAGCCUGAUUUGAGAUAUCUCACUCAGGAGGAUUUUAAACCCAUACUUCGGGAACUAUUGGCAACUCAUCCAGGUUUGGAGUUCUUACAGAGUACACCCGAAUUUCAGGAGAGAUAUGCUGAAACGGUUAUAUACAGAAUUUUCUACUACAUGAAUAGAGCAGGUGAUUCUCGUCUUACCCUUAGAGAACUCAAACGUGGAAAUUUAGUUGCUGCAAUGCAGCAUGCAGAUGAAGAAGAGGACAUUAACAAAGUUUUAAGAUAUUUCUCUUAUGAGCACUUCUAUGUAAUUUAUUGCAAAUUCUGGGAGCUAGACACAGAUCAUGAUUUCUUGAUAGAUAAAGAGAACCUUAUACGAUAUGGUAAUCAUGCACUCACAUACAGAAUUGUUGACAGAAUAUUUUCACAGGUACCCAGAAAGUUCACCAGUAAUGUUGAAGGAAAAAUGGGAUAUGAAGAUUUUGUUUAUUUCAUUUUAUCCGAAGAAGAUAAAUCGUCGGAGCCGAGUCUGGAAUACUGGUUCAAGUGUGUAGAUUUAGAUGCAAAUGGUGUGAUUACAAGGAAUGAAAUGCAAUUCUUCUAUGAAGAACAGUUGCAUCGAAUGGAAUGUAUGGCCCAAGAGCCUGUCCUUUUUGAAGACAUUUUGUGUCAAAUAGUCGACAUGAUUGGACCAAAGGAUGAAGGGUAUUUCACAUUAGGUGACAUGAAAGGAAGCAAACUUGCAGGAAGUGUUUUCAAUAUCCUUUUUAAUCUGAACAAAUUCAUGGCAUUUGAAACACGUGAUCCGUUUCUGAUACGUCAAGAACGUGAGAAUCCAACAUUGACAGAGUGGGACCGGUUUGCACAUCGGGAAUACAUUCGGCUUUCAAUGGAGGAAGAUGCUGAAGAUGCCUCUAAUGGUAGUGCAGAUGUCUGGGAUGAAUCUCUUGAAGCCCCUUUCUGAUUUUAAGGUGAAUGAAAUUGAAGAAUUCUUUAAUUUAAGGUUGUGGGUGUGGGUGAUAGAAGGUUGUAAAGUUUUUGGGAUUAGUGAGUGAGGAAGGAGGAUGUAGAUGAUAUGAUGUGGUUUCAUAGAUGUUGCACUUGGAUGGUGAAUGGAAGAAGAUGAUGAUGAUGUUGUUUUGAGGUUGAGGUGCUUUAAUUGGAAGCAUUUAUUAGUAGUGCCCUUUGAAUAGUUGCUCUGUUUGACUUUGACUUUGACUUCUACAAAUAGAUGUUUAUGUUUUUUCUUUUCUUUUUUUCUAUUUAUACAAUUUGUGCAUCAAACAUUUUCUGAA